CUGUGGGGGGGCGUGUCGGAUCCAUACAAGGAGAUCAUUCGCGCCUUCCUCCUGCAAUUCCACUACCAGGUUCUCCUCCUCCACUUCCACUACCAGGUUCUCCUCCUGCACUUCCACUACCAGGUUCUCCUCCUCCACUUCCACUACCAGGUUCUCCUCCUCCACUUCCACUACCAGGUUCUCCUCCUCCACUUCCACUACCAGAUCCUCCGCAAUGCAGGCCAUCGCUUCUGCUUCCAGCAUGGGAGUGUGGCCAACUUCUUCUUCUCAGGCGCGCGCUCCUUCUUCCGCUCGCUGGACGCUGCCAUCUUCCUCUUCUCCCGCGUCGCCAACAUCCCGCAGCGCAGCCUCGUGCUGCCCUGUGUCUGCACCAACGACCGCUUCACUCUCGGCGCCGAGCUCUUUGACGGCAACAUCAUCCGCGGGCAGAACGACAUCUCACACCCCGCUGUCGUGGACAGCCCACGCCACCUGCCGCUCUCCGUUGACAAGGUUGAUGGAGUGUGCCUCACGUGUGCUCCUGAUGCCUGUCUUCCUCUCCCUUUUCCUACCCCCAUUCUCUCUGCAGUCUUCUGA